AUGACAAUCGCAGCCGUUGGACAAAUCUGCUCCACCGCGUCAAUCACCGCAAAUCUGAACCAGUGUGUGAGGUUGGUUGCCAAGGCGGCAGUUGGUGGAGCAAAAGUCCUGUUCCUCCCGGAAGCCUCCGACUACAUCGCCGUCAACGCCCAGGCCUCGCUCGACCUGGCCGUCCCCCAGGCAUCGUCCCCGUUUGUCCAGGGCCUCCGCGCCGCCGCAAAGGCCCACUCCAUCGCCGUCCACGUCGGCAUCCACGACACCAUCGCCACCACCGCGACGCAUGAAGAAGAAGAAGAAGCCCAAGCCGAAGCCAGCCACCAGCCAGCCCGCAAGAAGAAGAUCCUCAACCGCGCCCUGUACAUUGACGCCGACGGCAGCGUCAACCACGCGGCCACGUACGACAAGCUGCACGUCUUCGACUACGGGGCCCUCCGCGAGAGCGCCACCGUCCAGCCCGGCGCCCGCCUCGUCGCCCCCUUCGACUCCCCCGUCGGCAGGAUAGGCAGCCUCAUCUGCUUCGACCUGCGCUUCGCCGAGACGGCCGUCGCCCUGGCCCAGCCCGGCCGCGGCAGCCCCUGGGCGAGCCGCCCGGCGCAGGUCCUCACGUACCCGAGCGCCUUCACGCUGCGCACGGGCGAGGCGCACUGGGAGGCGCUGCUCCGGGCGCGGGCCAUUGAGACGCAGAGCUACGUCGUGGCGGCGGCGCAGGUCGGCCGGCACAACGAGAAGCGGGCGAGCUACGGCCGCAGCAUGGUCGUCGACCCCUGGGGCAGGGUGCUGCUGUGCCUCGGGGGGGUGGCGGACGCCGAGGGCAACGCCGAGGACGGCGCCGUGGGCGAGGUUGGCUUUGUGGACAUUGACCUUGGCGAGCUGGAGAGGGUGCGGAGGGAGAUGCCGCUGCAGCGACGGACGUGA